GUUUGGAAUUCGCUUCGGUUCGCCUGGUUUUUAUUCGUUGCGUAUCGUUUCGUCUCGCACAAAGCAGCAAGUGUAUAGAGCUGGACAGUCAAGUUCAGUGAACUUCCUCCGCCAUUGUUUGACAGGCCCCCUCACAGCGUCGUGUGGCCGCAACAAACACAGUCAGACGAGAGCUGCGGCACUAAGCACCCCCGUCGUUGGCGUGAGAAUGUGGACACGAGAAGCCGAGGAAGGGGGUGGUGAGAAUCCCCGCUGCCGCGCGAACAUUGAUCGAGGUGAGUCCUUGCGAUUCAAUUCCCAAGAAAGUAGUGUACAGAUCUGUGAAAAGGUUUUAGUAGACGCGAUCAAAAGGAGCUACAGCACAGUGACCACAGACUUCGUAUGCAGAUCAACAGCAGCAGGCGCCGCCGCUGUUCGUUAAUUCGGCUAAUUCGGCUAAUUCGGAUGAUGCGCAGGCGAAUUCCAUUCAUUGGCGGAACGACCAGAUGGACACAAGAAGCGCGCCGAUAGUGUCGCAAGACGCGAGCCACGACAAUCGCCCCGCUGCUGCUACUGCUGCACCUAACAGAAGUGGAGGAGAUCGAAAUUGGAGCACGCGAAUCCGCGCUUCCAUCGCACGUUUGAUGGAGAUCGAUGGCAUUUCCUUGGACCCGGAGAGGUACGCGAAAUUAACAGAGGAAAAGCGGGCGGCAAAAGAGGCCGAGCGGACAUUCCUCGAGAGAGUUGAUCGCCUACAAGCUGCUAGUGAGGCAGCUCAUAGAGAACAUUGUGAGCGGUUGCGCGACGUGUAUCCGGCCUCAACCGCGAAGAAAAUGAGACUCGCGACAGUUGAUCAACCAUCUUCUUCAGGUGUAGCUAGUAUACCGCCGUCAAUGCCUCCAGCACCGUGCCACCCUAGGCACGAGGCAUUGGACGCACUAGCAGUGGCCGCCGCCACAGAAGAAUUUAACGAAUCUGGGGCAACUAUAAGGCCUACAACAUCCAAAGGGAAGCGGCCUAACCGCCGACAAACGCUUUUGCACUUGGAAGAUGGCGCAGGUACUGAGCAGAACCCAGUGCGUAUCCACGACCCACAAUUGGCCAAAGCCGUCAACAAACUCGCUGACAAAUUGGCGCAGCUACUUGGACAGCUACAAGCAACGUCAGAUGAGGCUACUGCUGAGCCCAUACUCGCCGCUGCUGCGGCAGUCGCACUUGAAGCGACGGAGAUGCGUCGCAACGAGGAAGUGGCAUUGGCGCGAAUGGUAGAAAUCGAGGAGCACCGCCAGCGCAUCAUGGAGGGUCUUCUAGAGUACGAAAUGCGUAAAGAGCAGUGGGGAAAGGACGAGAGCAGCGAAGAAUUCACUGACAAUUCGUCCAGCUUGCGCGACAGUAUGCAAGACAGCAGCCUUGGCUGAUGAAAGACAAGACUAAAAACUGACACCACGAAGUGCAUCAACAAUGGACCAUGGCAUGGCCUUGUAAUAAAAUGUAUUCGUGUCCACAGUCAAGAGGUGAAAAUGUCGGGUCACUUGCAGUAAUUGAACAGUAAAAGUCCACAAGGACACUUCGUGC